AUGAGACAGGAGACUCCUUUGGCUGCUCCAACUGCUGCAUACGCUUGCGACCAUCCGCUGCCCCAAACCGAGGCCAAGUACGGGCGGUUUGGAGGGGUUUUUAAGGCGCUGCUGCGACAGUCUGCAGAGUCACUGAACCAGCCUAGCAUCGUCGACCCUGAAGUCGGACUGGACAUCUCUGAAUAUGACAUCGUAAAAGGCGACGUCUAUCCAGCCCUGGAGGACAUCGAUGCUGUACUAAUCACUGGAUCGAAAUUCGAUGCCUUUGAUACGACUACGCCUUGGAUUAACAAGCUGGUCGGGUUCACUGCAACUGUCCUGGCCCAAGACCGCGUUAGGGUGAUCGGAGUGUGCUUCGGCCAUCAGAUCCUCGGACGAGCGCUGGGCGUCAAGGUUGGCCGCAGCGAUGUAGGGUGGGAGGCCUCUGUGAACCCUCUCACCCUAUCUAAGGAGGGCAAGGAGAUAUUUGGCGUGGAGAACCUGAGCAUCAUGGAAAUGCACCGUGAUAUCGUGUUUGAUCUCCCACCCAAUACCGUCUCGCUCGGUUCUUCGCCCAAGUGCGCCAUCCAAGGCAUGUAUCGCCCUCGCAGACUCUUCUCCGUCCAGGGCCAUCCAGAGUUCGAUAGAGAUAUCGUCAUGGAGAUUAUGCAGACUAGAAAGGCAAACUACCCUCCGGAGGUCUUCGAGGCCGCCAUGAAGGUCAUCAACGACAAGCAAGAUGGUGUUCUUAUCGGAGAAGCCUUUUUGAAGUUCCUGGCCGAGGACUGA